GCAGCGGAGGCGAGGGGCGGGGCCGGGUCCGGAGCUGGGCCGGGGCGUGUGGUCGGGGCGGCCCAUGCGUCGCUGCCCCGGGCGCCGCAGCGCGGCGGGCGGCGUCAAUGGACCGGCGGCCCAGCUGCACCUUCGUGUGGCUGCAGCUGGAGCUGUGCGCCAUGGCCGUGUUGCUGACCCGAGGUGAAAUUAGAUGCUACUGUGAUGCUGCACACUGUGUUGCAACUGGCUAUAUGUGCAAAUCUGAGCUCAAUGCCUGCUUCUCCAGACUGCUUGACCCUCAGAACAGCAAUUCACCACUUACUCAUGGCUGCUUGGACUCUCUUGCAAGUACAGCAGACAUAUGCCAAACUAAACAGGCACAAAACCACUCUGGCACCACCAUGCCUACGUUGGAAUGCUGUCAUGAAGAUAUGUGCAAUUAUAGAGGACUGCAUGAUGUCCUGACUCCUCCCAAGGGUGAGACUUCAGGACAAGGAAGCAGAUAUCAAUAUGACAACAGCAGAAAUCUUAUCACCAAGGUUCAGGAGUUGACCUCUUCAAAAGAAUUAUGGUUCAGGGCAGCCGUAAUUGCAGUUCCUAUAGCUGGCGGGCUGAUCUUGGUGCUGCUUAUCAUGCUGGCUUUGCGGAUGCUCAGGAGUGAAAACAAGAGACUGCAAGAUCAGCGGCAGCAAAUGCUCUCCCGUUUGCACUACAGUUUCCACGGACAUCAUUCGAAAAAAGGGCAGGUGGCAAAGCUAGACUUGGAAUGCAUGGUGCCCGUAACUGGUCAUGAGAACUGCUGCAUGACCUGUGAUAAAAUGAGACAGACAGACCUCAGCAAUGAUAAAAUUCUUUCACUGGUCCACUGGGGAAUGUACAGCGGACAUGGAAAGCUGGAAUUUGUAUGACCAAUUUUUUUUCUUUCUUUUUUUUUUUUUUCUAAUCUGAGCUAACCUUACUGUGGGCCUUACUCUGGAAGGCCUUUGGGUUCUGCUGGACAGGAGCACUUUAUCUUAAAAAUGAAAACACUUAUUAAUCAUCUUUGAGAAACAAAGGACCUCUGAAAACAGAAUCUUGGAUAUUUCUUCUGAAGGAUUCCAAAAGUUGUCUUAUUUGCACAGAGUAAAAUACACUCAAAUGUAUUGUUUGCUUUAAAGUUAUGAAAGCAAAAAUUAGAAGUUGUAAACACUGUCACCAGGGUUAUCUGAGCUGUAGGGAGCUGAGAACUGAGUUAUAAUAAUAAACUGUAUGCAAGCUCCUAUGUUUCCUGACUUAUUGUAAAGAAUUUUUAAAUAUAUAUAUUUUGUCUGAAAA